CACAGCCUUUCCGGAGCGGCGCUAGGACCCGGUGGCAAGGGCGUCCCUGAUUCGGGUCUCGCGGCCGCCCUCGCGCUCCAUUGUCUCGAACCUCGCGGGUCCUGGACAAGCCCAGCCGGACCACUCCACGCCGUUCCGAGCCCAUCUGAGAGCCAGCCCCAGCAGCGGGAGAUGCUGGGCGCGGCACCCUGAGCGCGUGGACCGAUGGCGGCGCCCCGCGGCGCCCGGCUCUGCCUCCUCCUGGCCCUGGCGCUGGCCGCUGUGCGAGUGCACAGUGACCACAGCGUCUACCUGCCUGCGGCUCUGGAGCUCCUGGACGCCCCUGAGCACUUCCGUGCACAGCGGCUAGGCCACUACCCCCCAGCCAACUCCUCUCUGGGCUCCCGAUCUGAGACCUUCUUGCUUCUGCAGCCCUGGCCCAGAGUACAGCCACUCUUCCGGGCCUCCUACCCGCCCUUCACCACCCAGCAGGUCAUACCUCCUCAGGCCACUGAGCCCCCACUUCGGCCUGUCCCCUGGGAUGUGAGGGCUGUCUCUCUGGAAGUGGCUGUGACCCCAGCAGAGCCCCAUGCCCGCGUCCUCUUCCACCUCAAAGGGCAGGACUGGCCACCAGGGCCUGGCAGCCUGCCCUGCGCCCGGCUGUACGCCACGCACCCUGUGGGCAUUGCCCACCAUGCCUGCCGUUUCCAGCCUGCCCUGGGCGCCUGUGUGGUGGAGCUGGAGCUGCCUGCGCCCUGGUUCUCACGGGGCACUCCCUCGCGGGCCACACUAGCCUACAUGCUUGAACCCACCGCGGAGGGCCCUGGGGGCUGCGCACCUGGCGGGGAUGAGGACCCUGGACAGCAAACUAUCCUGGUGGGGAGUGUGGAGCUGCGCCCUGAGAACCCAGCACAGCACCAGGAGGUGCCCCUGGAUGAGGCCGUGACCCUGCGGGUGCCUGAUACACCUGUGCAGCCGGGCCAGCCGUUCACUGCCACCGUCCUGCUGCGACGCGACUUCACAGCCAGUGUGCUGACUCUACGGAUCAAGGUGAAGAAGGGGCUGCAGGUGACAGCUGCCCGCCUGGUGCAGCCUGCGCUCUGGACAGCCAAGCUGGACCGCAUUCGGGGCUCCAAGCACCACAGCACCCUUAUCACCUGUCACCUUGUGGGGCCCUCAGAGCCAGAUCCCAGCAGCCUGCCCGAGCUGUCCGAGUUCCUGUGGGUGGACUUCCUGGUGGACAAUGGCACCGGCACGGGUGUGGCUGUCACCCGGCCCGUCACCUGGCAGCUAGAGUACCCGGGCCAGGCCCCUGAUGCUGAGAAAGACAAGAUGGUAUGGGAGAUCCUGGUGUCGGAGCGGGACAUCAGAGCACUCGUCCCGCUGGCCCAGGCAGAGGAGCUGGUGAACACAGCACCACUGACUGGACAGCCCAGACGCAUCCCCGUGCGCCUGGUCACUGUGGAUGCCGGGGGCACCCUGGCGGAGGUAACAGAGCACACCGGCUGUGAGUCAGCUGACACGCAGGUCCUGCAGGUGUCCGAGGCCUGUGACGCCGUGUUCGUGGCUGGCGCCGAGAGCCGGGGCGCCAAAGGGGUGCGGGUGGACUUCUGGUGGCGCCGGCUCCGCGCUUCGCUGUGGCUGACUGUGUGGGCCCCGCUGUUGCCGCUGCGGAUCGAGCUGAGCGACGCGAGCCUCGAGCAGGUCCGCGGCUGGAGGGUCCCGGGCCCCCCUGACAGCACCCCGGAGCCGGAGCCAGCGGAGGAGGCCGAGCGGCGCACAAGGGGCUGCCGCCUGCUUUACCAGCGCGCCGGCGUGCGUGUCCUUGCACCCUUCGCUGCGCACACCCAGGAUGGCGACCGCCUGGUGCACCUGCUGGGCCCUGACUGGCUGCUAGAUGUGACCCACCUGGUGGCAUCGCAUGCCCGCGUGCAGGACCCACGCGUGGCCUCGCUGGAGAGUGGCCACGUGCUUGUGGGCCGGGAGCCAGGUGUCACAGCCAUCGAGGUGCGGUCCCCACUGUCCGGUGUCAUCCUCGGGGAGCAGGCGCUGGCCGUGACGGACGACAAAGUGUCCGUGCUGGAGCUGCGAGUGCAGCCUGUGAUGGGCAUCUCGCUGGCCCUGAACCGGGGCAAUGCCCACCCUGGCGAGGUCACGGCCACCUGCUGGGCACAGUCAGCCCUUCCUGCCCCAAAGCAGGAAGUGGCCCUUUCCCUCUGGCUGACCUUCUCCGACCACACCGUGGCUCCUGCCGAGCUCUAUGACCGCCGUGAUCUGGGGCUGUCCGUCUCGGCCGAGGAGCCCAGUGCUGUCCUGCCCACCACGGAGCAAGGUGCCCCGCUUGGCGUGGUGGUGAGUGGGGCGGGCAGCGAGGCUCUGCCGCUGCACGUGGCUCUGCACCCGCCGGAGCCCUGCCGCCGCGGCCGCCAUCGCGUGCCCCUGGCCUCAGGCACCGCUUGGCUGGGGCUGCCGCCCACGCCCACGCUCGCACCCGCCCUCCCGUCAGGCCCAGCCCGGAGCCCACUGGUCACCAAGGCCAGCGUGGAGGGCGAGUGGCAAGCAGCAGGCGGCGUGGGUGUGAAGGGCAAGUUCGAGCGGGCAGAAGAUGAUAGAGAGGUGGAGGAGGAGGAGGAGGAGGAGGAAGAAGAGGAGAUGGUGCCAGCCCCUCAGCGCGUCACAGACCUGGAGCUGGGCAUGUACGCCCUGCUGGGCAUCUUCUGCUUGGCCAUCCUCAUCUUCUUGGUCAAUGGCGUGGUCUUCGUGCUGCGCUACCAACGCAAGGAGCCCCCCGAAAGUACGGCCAACCCUGCCUCUCCCCAGCCCCACAACUGGGUGUGGCUGGGCACCGACCAGGAGGAGCUGAGCCGCCAGCUGGACCGAGGGGUCCCCGAGCUGCCCAAGGGGGAGGGUGGUUGUCCCUGUGGAAGCGGGGCAGGAGGGGCACCCCAGACCCCUGUCCCCGCGGCACCGCUGCUGGGGGACACCCCAGGUCCCUCUAGCACCCUGGCCCGGAAGGACGUGGGCGGGCGGCGUAAGCGUGUGGAGUUUGUAACGUUUGCGCCAGUGCCCCCAGCGCAGCUGCCCGAGGAGCCCGCUGCUGUGCAGUCCAUCCUAGUGGCAGGCGAGGAGGACAUACGCUGGGUGUGCGAGGACAUGGGGCUGAAGGACCCCGAGGAGCUCCGCAAUUACAUGGAGCGCAUCCGGGGCAGCUCCUGACUCCGCCCCUGGGGGCCAGCAGCCAGCGUGGGGUGGGGUCCCCGGGAGCCUCCUGCCUGCCCCCCCAUCCUCUGGUGCUUGCUGACCCACGUCCCUGCCCGGCCCCUGCCCCAGCCCUUCUGCAGAACUCGGUCUAGGAGAAGCUUCCUUGUGGGAGCUGAUGUUUCCAUGUUGAGUUCAGAAUAAACUCAGAAGGUGCCACGUGGGGUGGCACUGCU